UAAUUAAUGGACAGGAGUGGGCAACGGCAUUGACCUUUUCAUGUCCAGAAAAGUCAGAUGGACAUCAGCAUGCACUGGAACUUUUGCUCUAUAAAACCUUCCUGAUUCGUCACCCCAACCAGAGCCCAUUGCCUUUGCACACUGCCAUGGAGUUUAUCUUGUAUCUCCCGGUGUUGAUACAUAUAGUUUGCUUAACUUCAAACUUCCACCUCACAGCCUCGGAUUCCUUCUCUGGUUCCAUAACACCUCAAUGUCACGGGGACGACAUGUCCAUGCUACUUGAGUUCCAGAACAGCUUCACCAUUGCUUCUUCCAAUCCUCUUGCACCCUCCAUUCCCUUUCCUCGCCCCAAAGUAGGAUCCUGGAAGUUCGACCCUGACAACCAAACGUCCUCGAAUUGCUGUUCAUGGGAUGGCAUAGAGUGCGAUGAAGGAACUGGUCGUGUAAUGGCACUUGACCUCAGUAGCAGCAAUCUCUUUGGUUCCAUCAACUCUAGCUCUAGCCUCUUUAGGUUGGUUCACCUUCAGAGGCUCAACCUGGCUUUUAAUCACUUCAAUCACUCCCGUAUCCCGUCUGGGUUUCAAUUCCUCUCGGGUUUGACCCAUCUUAACCUCUCGCAAUCAUUUUUCUCUGGGCAAGUUCCCCCCGACAUCUUCACAUUGACCGGGAUGAUCUCGCUCGACUUCAGUGGAGACCUCCUGGAACUAAGAAGUCCAGGCUUGGCAAGUUUAGCCCAGAACUCGACCAACUUGCAGUUUCUCAACCUUGACGGAGUAGAUAUUCUAUCCCCAGUGCCAGAAACCUUGGCAAGACUGUCAUCCCUGAGAUCUUUGAGCUUGUCCGGUUGCAGAGUCCAGGGUGUAUUUCCAGAAAGUAUCUUUCAGUUGCCGAACUUGGAGAACCUUAUGCUCAAUCACAACGUCAACCUCACUGUUCACUUGCCGGCGUUCAACUCCAUUAGUCCCUUAAAGACACUUGGCUUGCUAGAUACAAGGCUUUCGGGUGAGCUACCCAAUUCCAUCAGCAACCUCAAGUCACUGCAAGGUCUGGAAUUAGAUUCUGACAAUUGCAAUUUAACUGGAUCUUUACCAGAUUCAAUCGAAAACCUUCGCUCUUUGAAGUCCCUGAUCAUUAGAGGUUGCGGAUUGUCGGGAUCAAUACCCUCUUCUUUUGGUUCCUUGACCCAGCUAACAUAUCUUGAUUUAUCAUCAAAUGCAUUCAGCCUCCAAAACCUUUCUUCUCUAUCCUGGUUGUGGAAGCUGACCAACCUCCAGACUCUGUCCCUCCGAGAGACAAGUCUACAAGGUGAAAUCCCAUCUUCAAUUGGGAAAUUAUCCCAACUUGAAAUAUUAGAUCUCGGAGACAACCGGUUAAGUGGGUUGAUCCCUGCCCAGUUCCUGAACCUCAGUCAACUCGAAAGAUUGCUUUUAGAUAAUAAUGAACUUUCUGGUCAUAUCCCUACUUGGCUUUCCAACAUGACACAGUUGACACUUAUCAACCUUCAGUUCAAUAGACUACGAGGGCCAGUACCUGUUUGGAUCACUCAGCUCCCAAAUCUCACAUCUCUUCACCUUUGCUUUAACCAACUGAAUGGAAUCGAGGAUCCAGACCUGUCGAAAAACCGCUCUUCGACUAGGGACACCGUUGCCUUGCCUAAGCUUUCUUCACUAGGACUUGCCUCAUGCAAUUUGAGGGAGUUCCCAAUUUUCCUGCAGAACCACCCGAAUUUGGAGUUGUUGGACCUAAAUAGCAACAACUUUACUGAGCAAGUACCUCUGUGGAUGCAAAACAUCGGCAUGCACAGCUUGCGCUCCCUGAACCUCUCCCAUAACUUCCUCACAGGAUUUGAUCCGUCUCUAAAGACUCUCCCAUGGAUGAAUCUCCAGACUUUUGACAUCACAUCUAACAGGUUCACCGGGCCUCCUCCAAGACCUUCCCGCUUUGCAAACUUGGAUACUUAUCUAGUCCCGUAUAACAAACUUUCUGGGCCAUUCCCACGCUGGAUCUGCAAUUUGACUUCUCUUGUCACACUUGACUUGUCUUUUAACAACUUGAGGAGCAGUCUUCCUGAGUGCUUGGGCAAUAUCAGCAUGUCUCUGUCAGUGCUGAACCUGCAAAGAAACAGAUUCAGCGGCAACAUUCCUCAAAUGUAUGCGAGCGGGAUGCAACUGAAGAUGAUUGCUUUGGGUCAUAAUCAGCUGCAAGGGCAAUUACCGAGGUCUUUGGCCAAUUGUUCGAUGCUAGAAUUUAUUGACUUGGGGAACAAUAAGAUCAGCGACACUUUCCCGUCUUGGUUAGAACCUCUUCCGCAAUUGAAGGUACUUAUUUUGAGCCACAACAAAUUUCAUGGUGUCAUCAGUAGACCGGGCUCCCUUUCUGGGUUCCAAAGGUUACGAAUCAUUGACCUGUCCUAUAACAUGUUCACCGGUAUGCUGCCUGAGGGAUAUUUCCAAACUUGGACAUCCAUGAAGGUCGUUGAUCCAGCUGCAGAAAAAGUAACAUAUCUACAAGCAAGGUGCCGAUACGGGUUCUACGACUUCUACAUGAUACUGAUAAAUAAAGGGAUUCACAUGUACUAUCCGAAGGUGUCGCAGAUAUUCACAGCCAUCGAUCUAUCAGGAAACAUGUUUGCAGGGGCCAUCCCAAAUGCCAUUGGCGACUUACAGCAGCUUCAUCUGUUGAACCUGUCAAACAAUUUUCUCAUCGGUGGUAUCCCAUCUACAAUUGGUGGCCUCAGUGAACUCGAAUCCCUUGACCUUUCUGGCAACAGGCUUUCAGGACAGAUUCCAUGGGAACUGGCAGAACUCAAUUUCCUGUCCUUUUUGAAUGUGUCGUCCAACAACCUUACAGGGUCCAUACCGAGGGGACCACAAUUCAACACGUUCACGAAGAGCGCAUUUGAGGGCAACCCAGGACUGUGUGGAGACAUCAUAUACAAGAAGUGCAGUAGUCCUGAUGUGGCAGAGUCACCAGCCGUGGAGCAAGACAACUCAUCUUGGUUCUGGGAGAUCGACUGGAAGGUUGUUCUGUUGGGGUAUGGAAGUGGAGUUGCAAUUGGACUUGUCAUUGAAAAUGCUUUUAACUCGGGAAAACAGGCAGGGUUAGCAGCAGUUAUCCGGAGGAGGCUGCAAAACAGACAGCGGCAAUCGAGGAGGAUCCGCAGGAACUGAAUAUAUAAAAACUAGACGAGGCCUGAUCACAAUGCAGAUGAUUUUGAAAAGUAUCUACGCCCGAACAUGGAGUGGGUAGUACAAAUAAUAUAGGUCUUAUUUCCAGUCUAUUGACAAAGAUCCAUACACUGUAAAAUUACUCCUUAAUGUUCCAAAAGUUUUAUCUUUAUAGGUUUCCUAUUCCGAUUCUAAGAGUUAAAAAUUUUCAAAUGUAAAGUGAUUAAGCCAAAAUAAGUACGAAGACUAUUGCAUGUAAGGCUUCAGUGCAAUCUCUAUUCUUUCAUUUUCAAAAGUUAUUACUUAUAUCAA